AUGUUGGCCCUGCUCAAUUUGGUGAUACCCAGCCCUGGCGUGCUUCUGUCGCCGCUGAAUACGGCGUCGUUGAUCGACGACUACGACCCGAUGGACUAUCCGUUCAUGCCCCCGUCAGCAGCUCAUGAGGACCCGUUGUUCCCCUCUCCUCCGUCGUCAGCACCCGAGUUCCCAUGGGUACCCGAAUCGCUGGACCUUCCACUCCACUUGACGAGCGUCGAUCCGCUAGCUGGUCCAGCAGAGCUCAUUGUGUCGCACGACCUCCAGCGAUUAACUGAGCCAAUGUUUGAUCCAUCACACUGCCGGAUCAAGUCACUCGCGCUGCUCUACUCCGAUAUCCCACUUUCAGCCGUGCCCAACGAGGUCCCUCUACUGGAUGAAGUUGACGCCCGUGAAUUGAUUGCGCUCUUCGAAGACAUGGACGCCCCACAAGACGAGAGCCAACAAACAAAGCCCCAGCAGCCCCAGCAGCUCCAGCAACGACAGCAGCAACUGCUGGUGGCGUGCAAGAAGUCCAAAGGCAAAUGUGCAGUCGCCGGGUGCAACACCAAAAUGCAGAGCAAAGGAAAGUGCAUCCGACACGGAGGCGGCAGGCGCUGUGUGGUCGAAGGCUGCACGCGUGGCGCGCAGACCCUGCGUCGGUGCAAACGUCACGGUGGCGGCGCUCGCUGCCGAGUCGAAGGCUGCGGGACAAGCAGCCAGGGCGGAGGCUUGUGUCGAGCACAUGGAGGUGGGAGGCUGUGUACAGCCCCCGGGUGCAAGAAGGGUGCCCAGCGACAAGGAAAAUGCUCCACGCACUCUUCACAGCAGUGCAGCGCUGCCAAUUGCUUGAGUGUCGCCCGGUGCAGAGGUCUGUGCAACCGACAUAAGAAACAGUUGCAGGUCUAG